AAGCCUAGCAGAGGCAGGAAUCAUGGCCAGGAAACUAGGCUUUAUCGCGGGGAAUAUCGCAAUAUUUUUGGAACUUUCCGUUGUUCUUCCUCUCCUCUUAUUCCUCGGCAUAGGUGUUUGCAGCAACAAGGUUGUGGUUCCAGAGCAUGUUCAAGUUGUGCUUGGCAAGAAUGCCACACUAAGCUGCAGGGUGGAUGUUGGUGCCAACCUCAGCCUGACACAAAGCUCCUGGGAACGCAGCUUACCCAUGGGCCCUGUCACAGUGGCAGUAUUCAAUCCACAGUUUGGCAUCUCUAUAUCUGAGGAAUACAUAAAUCGUGUACAUUUUCUCAACCCAUCAGUCGAGGAUGCCUCAAUAGUGUUGGAGGGAGUAGACUUUGCAGAUAUUGGCUCCUAUAUUUGCAAGGUGGUCACCUUCCCACUGGGUAACUCGCAGGCUUCUACAGUUGUUGACAUCAUGGUUGAGCCCAAAGUAUAUGUGUUGGCGGGUGUUGAUCCUCUGGUGGAUGGUAAUGAUGAGGGUGUGGUGGCAACAUGCAUGGCUGAAAAGGCCCGCCCACCAGCUGAUGUCUUCUGGGAGGCGGAGCUUUAUGGACGCUCAGAGCAUAUCAUACAAGAUGAACCUGAUGGCACCACCUCAACCCAGGUGGACUACAUCUGGGCACCCAGCAGCCACGCCCUUAAUCACGCCCUCACCUGUGUGGUCCGCCACCCUGCCCUGGCUAUGGACUUGCGCAUCCCCUAUGUGCUUAAUGUACAGUUUGCUCCAGAUGUCAUGGUUCUGGGCCACAAUGAUGUUUGGUAUGUGGGACAAGAACAUGCGAAGUUGGACUGCAGAGCAAAUGCCAAUCCUCCUCCACAUCACUUCUUCUGGACCAGACUCAACAUGCAGAUGCCUGCAGGGGUAAAGACCACAAAUAGCAGUUUGAUCUUCACUCGACCCCUUCAGAGAAACGAUUCUGGAACAUAUAGAUGUGAGGUCCAGAAUGAAGUUGGUCUGCAUUCACAGGAAGUACACAUCUGGAUACAAGAGCCUCCAUCGACACUUUCUGUUCCCACUACAACCAGUGGAGUCAUUCCUGGCCUCUACAGCUCAUUACCCACCCACUUCCGUGCCCGCUUCACCUCCCCAACACUGGCAUCACUGCAUGAUGGCACAAUGGGCACUGUGGUGGGUGGUGCCAUAGGAGGCACACUGGUACUGAUUCUUCUGCUGGCCAUUGCUUUGCUAUGGUACAUACGUCAGCAGCGCACAUUCCGAGGUGAUUACUACACCAAGCAGUACAUUGGGCCCUCGUACAUGCAAAAAGAGUCCGUUGAGCUUCAUGACACCUUUAGAGAUGACUCAGCUAACAGCAGCCAAGACCUGAAACAUGAACCUGAUGAAGAGGGUGAUGGAGAUACACCAAACUACAACAGUUACAGAAAAAACAAAGGCCAGUGGGACAGUUAUUGCCCUGAAAACUCUAGCAUUAAGACAUGUGGGAACAAUAUGUCCCCUUACCUGCAGGAGAAGAGCUAUGAUAUGGCCACAGACUGCGACUAUGUGUCCCACAAGGAUGGAUCUGUGAUCUCUCGUAGAGAAUGACCCACCAUCUCCACUACUUGGAUAAAAACGUUACUGAAGAUGAACAAUUAAAUAAAUGAAUAAAUUAGUGUCUGUAUGAUAAUGAAUUAAGGUGCAAAAGGUGUUAUGUUUAGAAUAUGUUUGUGUUUGGAGAGUCAAUUGGUGAAUGUUGAAAUUUUUACUGGAUAUUUUUUGUACUGUACUGCUGUGUAGUACUAGUCAGACUUGAUGUAAAUAUCUUGUCAGGGAUGUAUGUGUCAUUGGGAUAGAUACUAUUUUUCUAUAAAGUCUCAAAGUCUUCAUUCUCAAAGAACAUGGUGCUUGAUGCAUUUUUUUUUCAUAUUUGAUUUUUUGAGUUAUAUUACUGUAUAAGAUAAUAGUAGGGUCAUAUCACAAUGAAGAACAGUUCAUUUCUUUUGAGAUGUCUUCGGUUUCUAAUAAUAAAAAAAGUUAUGUAUUCUUGAUUAUGUCCAGCAAACUGACACAAGUGAUGAUUGUGAACAGAAAGCUGGAAUUUUCCACUGAUUUAUUAUCAUCCUCUGUGACUGAAUGUUCUACUCGUCAUUAUGGUAAUAAAACAGAGAAGACUUGAGAAGAAACUUGCA